AUGAGAACCGGAGAGGCGGAGCACAGCAAUACCUUAGACCUUGACUCUACAGAGGUCCAAAGCGCGUUCCUUUCGGCCAUCGGAUUUCAUCACUCUCCAACACCGGGUGAUUCGGCUCCAAAGGGAGUUGAAAAACAGCAGUCAUUCCCCAAUCGGGGUGGCCAGACCAAGAACGGCAACAGGUUGCCUCGAGUAGAAGCUUUUACGGACAGCCCGGCGGCCCCGGCUUGGGUUCCGGGAAUCCAACCGAAUCACUCAGCUGAGGCACCACCAGCGCAACAGCGAAGAAUUAGAAACGGACCUGCUGACCUCACGUACUGGGAAGCGCAACGGAUCGCAAAGGGCAUUGUUGACCCGUCCUCUUACACCAUGGAUAAGCUUGGUCCUGUCAAGACGCAGACUAAGUCGCCUACACUAACCCAGCGCGAUGAAAAUCGCCGGUCAAAUCUCCCCUCGAAGCCUAAUGGGUGGGGGUGGGAUGACCCGGUUCCAGAGGGCACACCUAUUGGCCACGCUAUACCCGAUGAUAUUCUGAGGGAUUGGUAUGGGGACAAUAAACAGCAAACGGGUGGCGGUGGUAACCGUGGCCGUCGCAAUCGGGGUGCUGGCGCACGCAGGAAUAACAAGCCGGUUGCCACCCCAUCUGGGAAUAACCCGCGGCCUAUUUGCCUUGACCGCAUCGAGCCUGAUCUUAGGACCUACAAGAUGCCGCGCCCGGAUAUGAACUUCCCUGGGUCUGAGACCAGCGAACUGUCCGUUGGGUCUGGAUUUCAGAUUAGCGACAGUGGCAUCGAAGCUAGAGAACCCCUCGACAAGAAAAGUGCGGACGUUCGCCAUGACAUUGGGUUGAAACACAACAUUCACCGCCAACAUGACGGAACUUGGACUACGUACAAUUGGGACGGACCAACGGGACGAGAUAACGACGAAGUAUUUCUCGAGGACGCAUAUCUUGGUGCCUUCAUUGGCGCAUGGAUGGACGACAUUCCCAACAACGUGGUGGCCUCGUUCGAUAAAGGAGAACAGCCGCAUUGGACCAAGGAUAUCGACGUGCUGACUGGAGAGCUCUUACCACCAGUGGAGCAGCCAACAUCGGUGACGAACCCCACGCCUCUCGAUACUAAUACGGACCGAAGGCGCCAAAACUGGACGGCGACCUUGCUGCAAACUCACUACACAACUCAGGGUCCUGGGCGUCGGAGGGGUCGGAACUCAGACCACACUUUUCGCAACGAGCCUAACCAGCUUUUAAGAGUUGUGGAAACUCCCCCUCCCCGAGUCGUCAACCUGCCCGUCAUCGAAGAGCCCGUCAUCGAAGAGCCCGUUGUUCAGCGUCCCGAGUAUCAUCGAUAUGUUCCGCGGGUUGCAUCCUUUCUGCGCCCGGCAGAACAAUCCGACAUCGGAGCCAUCUGGGGCAUUUACAAUUGGGAGGUGCAGAAUGGCACGCAGAUGCUCGACUCACAGGAUCUCACCGAGGAGCAGAUGACUCAGAUCUUCAACACCACCAAAGAAGUUGGCUUGCCCUUCCUCGUCGCUGUCCGUGGUUCAGCCCGAGGAGACAAGGCCCCGACGCGGGGUCACAUCGUCCAUUCUCCCUUCAAGCAGGUUCCGGUCGAGCCAGGUGACGAAUAUGGCGAGGUCAUUGGUUUUGCUUACCUCUCCGUCUGGAAGCCGGGCCUUGCCGGCAGUGCCACGGGCAGCAGCCGCGGUACGGCCCAAGCGCAUGUCGUUGUCCACCCGGUCCACCGCCGCCGGAAGGUCGGCUUCUCCCUCCUGGACAUGCUACUUACCACCGUGUCGGGAUGUUUUUCUUCCGAGACAGCCUACGACUUUGUUGACAUCAAUAACGAUCCGGUGUACAACCGAAGCAAGAUCGCCAGCCGUGCUCGUCAGACAUAUAAAGUCUUUAUCAGUUACCGUGUCCGGAGCAAGUGUUCGCCGUUGACAGAGGCUGAGACAAGGGAUAUGGCGCAGGGUUUUUAUGUCCAUGAUCCGACCUGGAUGAAGAAACUCCUGGAGGACAAGUUCAAUUGCGUGGAGCUGGUGCGCUUUGAGGCUGUCCACCGUGAGGUCUUCGGUGGCAAGUGGACUAAGGGACAGCCGAUCUGGAUGGAUGAGGUGGUCUUCGAGCAUACCUGCUCGUAUGAUCCGAAUAGCGUGGGGCUGGACUACUAG